AUUGUAAGAUUCGUGUUUGUCGGCGUUUAAUACAAUACAGCUUGCAAAAAAUUAUCAGCUUUCUUAGUAACAUGUGACACCAAAUUUGUGACCAAUGUAAAUUAUUUAUAAGUUCUGUAAUAGGAUUUUUUGCAAGAUGUAGAUUUCAAAUUAUGCCAAAAUGCAACAAUAGCCCAGAACUAUAAUUCAUUGUCACUAUGGUCAAGUUAAAAUUUAAAUAAAUGGAUUGUACAUAACCCACCUCAAGAUGACUUCAUGGGAGGCUUUACAAAUUCUUCAAAAACCAUUAACCACAGUGGAAAAAGUUGGUGGUAUUAGUUGCAAUUUAUGCAAAAAGAUAUUUAAAAAUAAACCAGAUUUUGACACUCACUAUACAAAUCACACUGGUAAUAAAGAAGUUUUGUACCAAUGUGUUGUUUGUAGUAAAGAAUUUCAUAGGUACUCAGCUUUCCGUGGCCACUGCUACACUAAUCAUGUCAUCAAGAACAGAUAUGUAUGUACACAAUGUGACAAGUUCUUUUCCAAACAAUACAAUCUACAGCAACAUAUUGAAUUGGUUCAUGGGCCGCAAUGUAAAGCAUGCAUGCAAAAAUUUCCAUCUAAGAAAGAAUUGCAUCUUCAUCAAAUCGUCUACCACAAUGAAAGUAUGGCUGACAACUCCUGUCAAGUUUGUCAAGAAGAGAUACUUACAGUGGAAGCAUGCAAACAGCACAUAGAUUUGCACCUGUCUCAAGUCUACACAUGCCCAAUUUGUCAAGAAACAAUUCUCCAUAAGAAUAUGUCUGCUGAUCAUUUAAAGAAACACUUUUGGAAAAAGGAUUUCGAUGAAAACAACCACGAAGGAAUAAUUAAUCAGCUGAGUGCUAUAGCUUGUGGAUUAUGUUCAAUGAUUUGCCCGAAUCGGGAAGAGUUUGAUGCUCAUUUCUUUUGUGAUCAUGCUAGCAAAGAUGCUUUUUACACCUGCAUUUUAUGUGGCAAACAGUUUUUUAAAUAUUCCGCAUUCCACUCGCACGUCAAUCGCCAUUAUGCUGAUGGCCGAUUCCAAUGUGAUACAUGCGAUAAAACAUUCCCGAAUCUCUCCGAGCUCGUGUGGCACGCGUGUGAAUGCAGUCAAGAUUACAAAAAACAUAAACCAUACAUAUGUUUCCACUGUGGCAACAGAUAUCUCCUCGAGCACUCGCUCCUGAAGCACAUCACCGAUUCACACAACGGCUUCGAUUUACGUUGCCGGGAACCUGGAUGUGAACAGAUAUUCGACAAACGUCGGGACCUCCUGCUGCACUCUCGGCAUCACGAAGACCGCGUUCAGAGCUGGUGCCGCAUUUGCGGACAGGACUUUACUUCGUUACCGUCCUGCGUGCGGCACCUCGAGGUCCACAAGAAGUAUCUCUUCGCCUGUCCUCUCUGCAGCAAGUCUUACGCCGAGAGGUCGUACCUUCUCAAACAUAUCCCCACUCACUUCAGAGCCGUGCUACACGUGUGCAAGAUCUGUGGAAAAAUUUACGAUGCGAAACGAAGGCUCCUCGAGCAUCAGAAGACUCACCACGAAGUCAAAGUUCACAGCUGUUCACGAUGCCCCAAAACUUUCGCCAAGAAAUCCCAUCUGCUGCAGCAUCUCAACGUUCACAAUAAGGAAAGAGAUUUCUUGUGCGUCGUGUGCGAGAAGAGAUUCUCUUGCUCGCCAAAUCUGUCGAAACAUCAGAACAGAGUUCACUGCGUUCAUUCGAACCGCCCGGUGACGCGGGACCCUCGAGACGACGCGGCGCCUGAUCCCAAAAUCGAAAGUUCUGAAACGGACUCUUCGCAAAACAAAGAUUGGUACGUUUACCUCAACCGGGAGAUGGAGACCAACGUCAUCGACGAAGCGGUGAUCGAGAAGGAAUCGCGACUGUUCGAGAGCCGAGAGAGCGCCGAGACGGAGGUCGAACGCAUGGAGGUCGUCAGGGAAGCGUUCGGAAACCACAACGAAGAUGCGAAUGAUUUUAAAGUUCUUUUCAAAGAAAAGUGUUUCGGAAUCCCCUCGAGCUCUUUGUCUGAUGUAGACAGUUUCACAACGGACUCCGUUCCCCGAGAGUACGGCCCGGAGAUCGCGUCUCCCGGGCUGGACGACUACAUCCUUCCGCACAUCGAUCCCUUGCUCACCAUUCUGACGGAUGCCAUCCCCGACCGACCGGACCCCGCGCCGACCCAACGCAUUCCCGACGAGAACGAGUUCCGCCUCGCCGAGUCGUGGGAUCCUCCCCUCCUCACCAAGAUAUACUCGGCCUUUUACGACGAGUACGAGGAGCGCAACCGCUUAUCCGUCAAGACGGAUAUAUUUUAAACAGUUCACGAAGUGGUCUCGGAGCCGACCGGAAGAUCAUUUCGAACCGAUUUAGCUACCUCACUCUUACCUCACUAACGUAUGUAUUAUUGUACUUUUUACACUUUUAACAUAUAUCCCACCAAAUCGAGACAUAUAUAUACAAUAUAGUAUAACGCUACCUCAUUUUAGAUAAGUAUAACGCUCGCCCUACGAGAGACGCUAAUGUUUUGAGUUGUUUGGUGGUUUUCGCUCGACGACUCGCGCUCUGUGCCCGAGAUGACUCUGCCCGCUCACGUGGGAGAUGAUGAUUAACGAAAAUGAAUGGAAAAGCUUUCACUUUGGCACCGAACGAACCGUCACCGAGCGAUGACUCGAUCGCAUAAUUAAUUUCCAAAGUGUUAGGUUCAAUUCCGAUUUUUGCUUUUUGAGAGAAUAGAUACUCUUUGAUCACUCCUUAAUCCAUAUAUCGGGUCGGCCGAAGAUCAGUCGCUCGAUACGCACCCGAGCGGUGACGGCGAUUCCGCGCAUUUUAUACUCGAUUCCUUUUUAUUAUAAUUUUUAUGAAGUCGCGAUGCCAAGCGUCGCGAUGUUAGUGUAAGUGAAUCGAUAGUGCUGUGAUAUUUUUAUGUAUAUUUAGAGUUUAAGCGUAGAGUGAGUAACGAACGAGUACAAAUUAUGAUAACGACGACGCCCCGGUGUCGCGUUCGCUCCCGACGCGUUUCCAAAGGACGCAUUCUGACAAAUCCUAACGCAUAUGGAGUACCAAUUCACUGGCCGAGGCGACGCCUCUUUGGCCGGCCAUCGUCCGGAGUGAAACAAGUAUGCAUUUCCCAUAUGCGUUUAAAAUUUCCGGAAACAAUAUAACGAUAGCGUUUCAACCUGCCCGGCAGAGAUACCGUGAAAUUAAAAUUAUAUAAUAUGAAAAGGAAUUUAACUCCGAAAUAUUUUCGAGAGAGUGAUUAUUUACAAAGGUCGAGUCUUAGGUGAUAUAAUCCAAAGACUGUGAUGUAUUUAUAAGUUCCGUGAACUUAGUAAAAAUCGGGGCGAACAGGAGUCAGCCUAUAUCAACAUACGACGUAGCUUGAAACUUGGCUUCGAAGAGAACAAACUGUCUUAAGUUCGCGCCAGUGAACGAUUCGGCCUGACAUAAAACAUAUAUCUGGUGAUUUCGAUUCGGAAACGCAUGAGCCGAACGCCAUGCUUCCAAAAUACAAAAUUUUAUGCCUCUUCAGAAGUAGGUAGUCGAAACUGAGAGGUAUCCAAAACUGCGCUCGUCAUUUCCAUGAGAGCGCAGCGCUGUUGGCUUAGCUGCAAAGUGAACUGGGAUCCAUCGGACGCUACGGGGGAUUGCCCGUGGCGAGGUCUGUGUCCCAGUCUAUUUUGUCCGUCACGACAGUUUGAGGUCGCUCUCACUGGACAGACAGUUCGAGACUGGCAAGAAAUCUGGAAUUCGGGUGGAAGUCAUCGAAACCAUGUUGAAUGAAGUCACGUACUGUUUGCCGAGUGCGGAACAGACCACCGAAUAGCUUACAUACACUGUUAGUUGUACCUCAAUGUAAUAGUACUUAUUGAAAACUAUGUUAUAAUCAUUAUCAUAACCGUUUUUAUGUGUAUUUCGUCGCAAAGGAAACAAGGGUAUAAGAAUUUUUCUAUAAACUUAAUAUAAAAUAUAUUUUUGAUACUCGUUGUGUGAAGCGUUAAGUUGAAUAUUGUUAGUAUUUAUAGUAAUCUAGUCUAAACUAGGGGUUUUAUUAUAAAACGUGGUUUAAAUUCAUGGUAGCAGACGCCUCGAUCUCAGGUGAGACCAAUCUGUUGGAGUCGUCGUAUUAAAGCCGUAACUUUUUGUGGAAAAUUUUUGGUAAAUUGUAACCUUUGCGACCAUAAAUGUCCUUAGCUGUUAGGUAUUAGGUUAGAGUCGAGCACAGGGUAUUGCGGAUCUAUGUUAGGGAAGUGUUGUACCUCGAUAUGUUGCGAAUCAGUACCCGUCGGUCGGCCACAAUACUGCCCCAAUACCCAAUACGCGUAGUUAGGCCCGUCUCAGUCUGUCGUAACUUAGGCGAGCCGGCUUCGUGUGUUCCGUUACGACACGGAACCCGGUCUUUAUACAUUAGCGAAUUACUUUCAAAUAAUAUUCGUUUAGAGGUUCAAAAUUGUCGCAUAAUAAGUAUUUCUUCUAUAGGUUAUUUAUCGGCGAGAGUAUGACAAACUUUAAAUCGACGAUAACCAAUCAUUAGGGUGUCAAAGGAUGAAACGUGUAAAUAUAUAAUUUUCGUAACCUUCUGAGAAUAUUGGAUCGAAACUGCUUUCGUCAGUCUAGUUACACCGAAUGUUACUUAGAUGCGGGAUUAAUUUAAGCUAUAUUUAAGACGCUAAAUGCUUUUUUUGCGAAGUUUGGCUAGUUUUACCUAUUUUGUGUUGAUGAUUUAAAUUAUUUUUUAAUGAAAUCUACGAAUAAUGUCUCCGUAACAGGACCACAAUAUGUAAUUCUAAAGGGUUAUAAGCGGUGACUAAUUUUUUUAACUGGUUCAUUUUCAAACUAGUUCAGUGCCAUCGACAUUAGAACAAUACGUCUUCAGUAUAAUAGACGAAUUCACGAAUUCAGUUCAUCAUUUAUAGUCCGUAGUUACACGGACUGGUGGUUUAGCGGCAACUCCUCUUGUUGUUAUGUUUUAACAAUAUGCUUCUAGGACUUAGGUACAAUAGGAAUAUCGAAAAUGAAGAUUCGGACUCCAUAAUAUCUUAGAAUCUGUCCUUAAACGGACGGAUGUUGUAAGAUGCCCCUAAAUACUAGGUCCUUGCGUAUGAAAUCGGCGUUUGAAUGGGAGGAACAAAAAGUAGAUUUUAUUUAAAUUUAUUUUUUGCCAUCUUAUAGGUAGUCGCAUUGAUCCCUUUACUAAAAAAAACAUUUGGACGGGAAUCAAUAAAACCUUUGAAGGCGGUUUGGACUGCCUCAUCAGAGUUGAAUUUGGAUAUAUUUGAACGCCAUUUUCAUAUGCGAGGACCUAAUAGUAGUUUUUGUCUUUAUAAUAUACCGAUCUACCUCCGCAGUAUACGCUGCUAUUGAUUUUGUUAGAUUUUGUACGUUUUCGAGCAUUUAAAGUAAGGACCGUAGGUUAUGCAUGUUUUGAUUUUUGUAUAGAGGUCGUUCGGGCGCCUUUCUUGCAGUUCGACGUCUACGUUAAAGUGAAUGUUUGGAAUUUUAUUAAACGAUCUGGCUAAA